GUGUAGCGAUGAUCCGAAUAACCUGCCCGAGGUGAACAAGGUGAAGGGCGUCGCCAUCGCCGUGCUGGUCUUUGGCGUCAUUUCGUGCCUCGGCUUCCUCGUGCCUGGUGAGUGGUGGGGUGGGCUCGGCGGCGUGCUCGCAGUCAUCGGUGCCAGUGUUCUGCUAUGCUGCACCGGUUCGGGCGCCAGCGCUUCGGCCGGGAGCCACAUUGGCGCUGGUGUCUUGAUCGCCAGCGCUGCCAUCGUGCACGCCGUUGCUGUGAUCGUGUACAUCGUGUUCUGGGCGAACGUGGUGAACGCGGUGAACGAUAACUGCGAUGACGGCGUGUACUCCAACCCAGACGACCCGAACAAUCAAGAUGAGGUCGAUUGCGACGCCCUCAGCGGCGUCGCGAGCGCCUUCAUCGGCGUGCUAAUCUGGCCAAUCAUCGUCAUCGACAUCGCCACCUUCUGUGUCGAGCUCAUCUGCGCGAUCUUCUCCUUCCAGGCGGCUCAGGCGGUCAGGGCCCAAGCCCUCCCCACCACUGCGGGCGUGCCCGUCGCGAAGCCCGUCUAAGGUCGGAUGCCGUCGAGCCCUCCCCACCACAAGCAGGCGCGCACAUUGCUGUGAACUCUAGGGUGUGGUCUGUGGGGAGGUCUCGAGAUGUGUGUAUAUCGUGUCCAUACCCUGAGCGGGGCGCCAGUUGCUCUCGCUCGGUCGGCUCCCGCCUCGUUGGUCUCUGCGGUGCCGUGGUACCUACGUGUCCUGCUGUUCAAGCUUCAACCUUGUAUGUACGAAAGCCGUACUUUUCUCUCUC